AUGAGCUUUGUGUUCCGGGGCAGCAGGGCCGACAUCGAGGCCGGUGGCUUCCCAGGGUUCGCCACGGAGCGCCGUGCCAUGCGGAUUCAUGCCGGGGGGCGGCCGGUGAACAGCAAUUCCUUAGCUUUUCUUGUAACUGUUCUUGUUCUGUUCAUGGUACUGAGCUCGCAGCAGAUGUCUCCGAACUUUUUGCUUUGGAUGGUCUUAGGUGUGUUCCUAUUGGCCACCAGCCUUAGGAUGUACGCUACAUGCCAGCAGCUCCAAGCGCAGGCACAAGCUCAUGCUGCAGACGGCAACGGCUUCCUUGGACGCACUGAGUUGCGGGUGCAUGUCCCGCCAACCAUAGCCCUUGCUUCGAGAGGCCGGUUGCAAAGCCUUAGACUCCAACUUGCUCUGCUUGACCGCGAGUUUGAUGAUUUAGAUUAUGAUGCUCUCAGAGCGCUAGAUACCGACAACAGCCCACAUGCUCCUUCUAUGACUGAAGAAGAAAUAAAUACUCUGCCUGUUUUCAGAUACAAAUUUCAGGCACAGCAGAGGAGCACCCCUUCUCGAAAAAGUAGUGAUGGGCCAUCUGAACCAUUGGUUUCUUCUCCUGAGUCCGGAAAGGAGAAAAAGCAAGAUGCAGAUGCAACUAGCAAAAUGACAGAGAAUGAGUUGACGUGCAGUGUUUGCUUAGAGCAAGUUGUUGCGGGUGAUCUAUUGAGAAGCCUGCCAUGCUUGCAUCAGUUUCAUGUGAACUGCAUUGAUCCAUGGUUGCGCCAACAGGGAACAUGCCCGAUCUGCAAGCACCAGGUCAGCAACGUGUGGCGUGGCGCCGGCAGCGGUGAAAUGGAUGACAUGGUGUAA